GUGUAAGGCUGCUUGCUGAAUCAUGGUAUCGGGCUUGAGAAACUCCGAUCAUGAGGUCCGUUGUCCACUCGCCGACUUGGGACCACCUCCAUUGGGUCUCUGAUGUCAGAUCCAAAUAUGCAAGUCCGCAUCCCAUGCCGCGAGAAUCCUCUAGCGAGGCAGUGUGUAGGGAUACAGAUGGUAGACUGCAAGGAUAUGGGCUAUUUUUGCUCAGCAGUUCCAAGCCAUGUGGACCUCUUUACUCGCAACCGGAGCGAUCCUCCUUCGAGCCGUCAAUGCUUGCCAAUCUUACGGUAUCGACUUCAAGAACAAUGGAAACUAUUUCAUCAACAUUAACAGCAACGAGUCUUUUACUGCUGUAUCGGAGUUCUACAACUGUUUUGGAGAUGCCAGCGUAGUCUUGGUCGCUCCUGAUGGAGACCCAUACUACUGCUCAGACAUAUCGACAACACCGGAUUACACGGACGCUACAACGACUUGCCCAAUCUUGAAGAGUCAGAUGUAUUCUGGCGACUGGACGCUCAUCCUUCUAGAUAACAAUGGAAACAGUAGCAGUUUCUCUGCCAAACGUAUCUUGCAUCUCAACGUUGGCGCGCAGGUCACAUCGACUGUUGAGCCAACCAUAACUCUGAGUGUCACACAAACACCCACAUCUACCGUUAAUGCUACAAUCACUGAUCUGGAAUCUACAACUCUUGCCCCCUCAUCUGUCACCAGUCUUGCCAGCAAUGCAAAGACACAGACAGUAACUUACUACCCUCCUCGCCAGACAAUCACCACGUCGUCCACGGCAACAGUCAAGCGUACCACAACAAAAUGGACUUAUACUAUCAAGACAUAUACAGUGACCAAGGCUUGUGCAGUCGCUUUUGCAGCCAUGGCAGCUGAUCCAACGGCUGAUGCCAAUCUCGUCUCCAUUGCUCAAGCAGCCAUUGCCUCUGCAAGCCCAACUGAAGCCCCUGUCCGCCGCUUGAGGAUCAGACGUGACAUCACCAAGGUCAUGCAAGUUGCGAAGCGUCAUGGUGUUGCUCUGGUCAAGCGUGCUCCAGACUCGGCUACGGUUACUUCAACCGAUACUAAUACUGCCAACUGGAUCUCCAUAACAUCUAGCUUUACAGCUGCACCUGUUACUCAAACCGCAUACACUACUGUGGAGAGUACGACAACAAUCACCCCGGCACCAAUCACCAUCAUUGCAACAAAGACCACAAUCACAAAGACAGCAGGAACAUCGACUCGUACAAUUACCAAACGUACGACAACAACGUCCAAGAUUACAAAGACGGUCACUGCUACUCUCAAGGUUACCAAUUAUGUGCCUGGCAAGGGAUGUUACUAAAUUUGAGUCAUUGUUCAAAUGGCCGCUGCGUUACAGUCCACCAUGCUACAGAUGAUACUGUUUGUCUGAUUUCUUAUAGACUCUUGGCUUUGAAUUUGUACGGUGCUUUUUUCUUCUUUUGCUCCUGCUUGGUCUUGACGUUUUUACAACAAGUGUUCAUCUUUGGACAAAGGAUGCUUCAGUACUUGAGGAGAUAUUCAUCUACAAUAUAUCGUCAUUUUGCAUCUGGCGAGCAUUCUCACACGUAUGC